AUGAGCGAUGACGAGACAGCGUUCCCCCCAGAGUUUGAGCUCCAGCUGGGGAAGGCCCUUGACAUUCCCGGAGAAAAGGGGGAGGAGGGGAUUCAGGUGGUGCCCGAGAAGGUCAUAGGGAAGGGAAGCUUUGGGGUUGUUUACUUAGUAAAGUCAUUGAAGGGAAACACUCCUCUCGCCCUUAAGCUAGUCUUACAAGAUAGGCGGUAUAAGAACAGGGAAUUCCAAAUUAUGAGGACCCUUGUUCAUCCGUGCAUUUGCAGAUUAGUGAAAGGCACCUUUAUACCGUCCAUUUCGUCGCCCGAUGAUCUAAUUCUUUACCUUCUCAUGGACUAUUACCCCGAAACUAUUCAUUCUAUCUACCGUCAAUACUCGCGACUCCGCCAACACGUUCCCCUUCUCAUAGUUCGGCUCAUUACAUAUCAGUUGGCACGCUCUCUCGCAUACCUCCACUACCACAACAUCGCACACAGAGACUGCAAACCAACGAAUGUUCUCAUUGAUCCCUUGACGUACAGGUGUGUCCUGUGCGACUUCGGCUCCGCCAAGCAGCUGGUGCCCCAAGAAAACAACGUAGCGUACAUAUGCAGUCGCUUCUAUCGGGCUCCCGAGCUGGUUAUUGGCAACCAGAACUAUACCUGCGCGAUCGACAUCUGGUCCUUCGGCUGCAUCAUGGCAGAAAUUCUCCUCGGCCAGCCCCUUUUCCCUGGUGACUCUUCCAUAGACCAGCUAGUAGAAAUAGUACGCGUCCUUGGCAGCCCAACAGCCGAAGAGUUCUUAGCUAUGAACCCCACAUUGAAGAGCGUGAAGUUCAAGGACGUCAAGCGAUAUCCCUUCUCCAAGAUCUUUAGAAGCAAGGCCCAUACAGACGCGGUUGAUUUACUAACGAAGGUUCUAGUCUACGAUCCAAAGAAGCGCCCCACGGCAAUGGAAAUCCUCGCGCAUCCUUUCUACGACAUCUUGCGCGAUCCAGACACGCUGCUUCCCAAUGGUGAGCGGCUUCCAGCAUUCCUCUUCGAGUUCACAGAGGAGGAAAGGAAGGCAGCGGGCCCUGAGCUUAUGGCCGUUCUAACAAAGAACAGAGAACAGUUCAACAUCUUGUCAAGCCACUGA